AUGGCGAUGAGGUUCGAAAGGCUCGAUAAACAGCUUGACCGACUGGAAAAGCUGUUUUCCAGGAAGAAGAAGACCACGGAGCCUCAUGCCUCGGGCGUUCAAACAACAACUCGACCUGCGACCCCAGUGCCAUCACUGGAUGGUUUCGAUGCGACUCUCCGGAAAUUUCCGCAGACGUCCUACAUUAGACCUACAUCAUCUCGUAUGGUGGCGAGGGAAGAGGUGAUCUUGUCGCCGAACGCUGGCCGGCGGGCUAGGAGCCUUCCCGAGCCACCAAGCACGCCCCGUCUUCCGCCCUCAGAAUCCACCAUCAGUAACGAAAACGACGGCUGCCCUCCCAUUCCGGCGCGGUACUCUUCAUUUCGCCCGAGUGACGAUCAACGGUCGUCGUCGGUUUACCCCGACUCGAGCAAUGAUGGCCCCUCAUUGGGUCUCCUGGAGUUUAGUUUUUCCACCUCGUCCAGCGACUUUGACUGCGAUUCAUCACCAAGACGGCGUUCUAGGCCUAUCUCGAAGCCGUUAAUUCGAACUCAAUCAGUUUCUGCCUCCCCAAAGGCUCGGCUUGACCGGAAGCGGUACUCUACGGUUUCCCCAGACGAGGCCUCCCUUCCCGAGGGCCAAGUCGGCACCUCGACCCAGGAGUACAAGACUUCGGAUCUAACGCCGCUGCAGCGAGAAAGCCACUGCUUAGGGAUUGCUUCGCAAAAAUACCUGGCGCCAUCCCUGUUGCCUACCGUUUCGCCAGCCAAGGCCGGCUUGAACCAGGCAGUCAACCGCAUUGGCAACACCUCACAACGACCAAAGAGCCUGUUACCCAUCGCAACCGACGUCAAAUAUGCCAGUGAAAGCUUGCGCAAGUCCAUCAGCUUAUCGAACCUAUCAACUACGAAGACUGCAGAGUCCGACACUGUUCUUAAGGAGCCCAGUCUCAAGGAAUUCCUCGCUCUGAGUGACGAUGAUAUCGCUGACGGUCACGCUGCCGACCGAGCCAGACCUUCAGCCACCAACCCUCCGUGUUUUGGGUUACCGCCGAAUCCGUCCUCGGCUUCCACGCCCGUUCGAACCAAGCCAGCUUACCCCCUGCUCACGCUCUCACCUCCGCUGGCCAGCCGCCCCGCCGCCGCCGCAGCCUUCGAGGCUGCAAGAAUUGCGACAAAGUACCAAUUCGACCUUGUCUACGUCGUCAACCUAUGGCCGACCCACAUGAGCCGGCCCAGCCGCUCGUCGCCUCUUAGCCAAUUCUGUGGCACUCCCCUCACCACGUCGCCCACCCGAACCGCCACCCCUUCCCCUCCCCAGACCCCGGUGUCCAACGCCUCCAGCUACGACAGCGGCUUCGAGUCAUCGCGGACGCGCGCCGCGCCCCGCGACAGCGUCCGGAGCGCCACAACCGGGCGCCUCCUCGCCGCGUACGGCCUGCCCUCCAUCAUGUACCCGUUCCGCAUCUCAGCCCCGGUCCACCAAAAGGUGCUGCGCACGCAGGGCUGGCUCGAGUACCGCAACGAGACCAACGCGCAGGACGAGUUCGCCCGCGGCUACAGCUGCGCCUUCUACACGGGCCACAGCGCACCCCGCGGGCGGGAGUCCAACCCCGACGCCAAGCCGAAGCAACAGCAACAGCAAAAGAAGAAACCCGCUAACCGCGGCAUCAUCUUUGCGGCGUUCCGCCUGCCCGGCGAGGACGGCGCCCCCGUCUGCAGCAGCCCCGAGGAGCUGGAGGAGCUCCACAAGGAUUCCGAGGCGCUCGUUGACAUGCUGAUCGACAUCCACAUGGCGCAGCGCCACCGGCGUGUCCCGACCACGCCGACGCGUCGGUGUGUUGGCGGUGGCGGCGGGCGCAUGAUGGAGGCCGCGGCACCGUUGCCGGACUUGACGGCAUCGCGGGAUUUAGAGAUCUCUUGUUUCAGCUCCGGUUUCCAGGAUUCGUCGCUGGGAACGGCGGAGAGAUACCCAACCCCUGUGGAGGGUUGA